GCUUUCUGUACAUAUAAAAGGCGAUAUAAUAUUAAAAAUCUUCAGUUUUCUCGAAUCCUCAGAACCGAAAACGAUAUUCAACCAUGAAAGCGAUCCUACUUAUCUUCAUCCUAAUCGGACUGUGUGCAGCUGCUCCGGUAAGUGACGCAGAAAAGCGUGAUGUGAAUGAUCUGGAAACUGCCCAAUCGAACUAUCACCCUGGCUACUAUAAUACUGGCUUCUAUAAUCAGGCCUACCGUAAUCCUUACUAUGGAUACUACACCGGCAACAAUAAUGGUUACUACAACAGAUAUUAUAGAAAUGGAUACAAUUCUGGUUACGUUGGAACAUACAUUCCUUCUAUUUAUGGCGGUUUGAGUGGACAUAAUGGAUACUACAAUGGAUAUUACACUAACACUUAUCCUUACAAUUUCAAUGGUUAUAAUGGCCAUCAAAAUAAUGUUCAUUAUUGGCGUUGAUGUAUUAAAUGAUAAGCGAUAGAAGAAAUUUUAUUAACUAUCAGUAUUGUAUCGAAUGAAGCGAAUAGUUUAUUUCUAUCGUUCCAUUAAACCAGCUUCUGAGGGUAAUAUUACGUUACAAUAUCACUCGUUGUCAUAACACAACAAAUAAUG